AUGGGUGCAACAAUCCGCGCUACCGGGCUUGCAGAGUCGGGACCUCAUGGACGGCUCGUGCCAUAUUAUCUCUUGACUGUCGUGGUCAUAGCCUGUGGCGGUAUCCCAAAAGGUUAUGAUGAAGGUGGUUACAGUUCCUCGGUUUCUCUGAAGUCCUUCAAAGAAGAUUUCGACCUCGUUGCAAGCCACUGGAAAGGCAACGCCACUGGGCUGGCCAAUCGAACAGCCAACAUAACUUCUUUUGGGGUUCUCGGAGCUGCCUGUGGCUGCGUAAUUGCUCUGCUCUUGGAUUCUCUUCGCUGGGGCCGCCUGGCAUCCUGGCGCGCCUACGCUGCUGUGUGGGCCAGCGGCCUGUUCAUUCAGAUAUUCUCCUCAGGCAUCUAUGGACUGCUGUUGUUUGGUCGCAUCUGGGGUGGUCUGGGUGCCGGAGCACUUACCGUGGUGACACCAAUAUACCUUAGUGAAGUAACACCUGCGCGGUCUCGGGGAUGGAUUGUGAGCCUGUACAUGGUCUUCUUGCUCUCCUUCCUCAGCCUGGGCUUCUUCAUAUCGUAUGCCGCCAGCAAAAUGAUGUCCGACACAAGGGAGCAAUACCGUCUUGUCCAAUCGAUACCAUUGAUUCCCAUGGGUGUGGCAUUCGUUUGCUCCUUUUGGCUCUGCGAGACUCCGCGCUGGCUCAUUGCCAGGAACCGCGUACAAGAUGCUCGGCAAGUCCUUGCUCGGCUGACUGGACUCUCCACCGACGACCCUCUCCUGCUGUCCAAUUUUGAUUCUCUUCAUCAGCAAAUCCUGGAAAGUGAGAUAGACCGUCAGGAGCGAUCAACCAAAGAUUUGUUCCGAGAAAUAUUGUCAAGGCGGUACCGUGGACGAUUCUUGCUGGCCCUAGCAAUGCAGACAUUCGCCCAGUGGUCCGGGGGUAACGGGAUCACAUACUAUAUACCCACGAUCUUCCAGUAUGCUGGCAUCACGGGUGAUUCCGUUUCACUUGUGGCAUCUGGAGCAUACGGGAUUAUGAAACUAUUGGCCUCAACCCUCACAGCUUUCUUCCUAGUGGACCGCAUGGGACGAAGGCCACUGUUCAUCACUGGUCUCGCUCUGCAAACGCUGACGCACGUAUACAUGGCCGUGUACAUGGGAGAGCAACCGGGCAGCGGACAGAACCACGCCGCCUCAAAUGCUGCAAUCGCCUCGGUCUUCAUAUACGCGUUUGGGUGGUCCAUCGGGCUUUGUAUCCUUCAGUCCAUCUAUGCCACAGAGAUUUUCCCUACGCGACUCCGAGGCCUCUGCUACGCCAUGACGAUGGCCUUGCACUGGUUCUUUCAAUUUGCUGUGGUCCGCGUCACUCCCAACAUGCUGGUCAGCUUGCAUGUGUGGGGAGCUUAUGUCUUCUGGGCGGCUAUUUGUGGAACCGGCCUGGUUGUACUCGGUCUCUGGGCCCCCGAGACUAAGAGAGUACCGUUGGAACGCAUGGAUGAAUUGUUUCAGGGGCCGUGGUACAAGACCUGGAAGGCCAGGGCAACACGUGAGGCCGCGGAUGGUUCAUUAGAAGUGGUCGCCGUGCACGACACCCCGGAGAAGGUGUCGCAAGGAGUUGAGAUGCAGCAUGUUGAAGGCAGUCAUGUGGAUCUGGAGAAGCGCUGA